CAAAUUUGAUAAACUCUCUGCCUACAAGAAACGUUCCCAUUCGGUGCGUCUGGUAUAAAUAUGCGGCCACCACGUUCUGGUAAUCAGAUUAGUUCGAAGUUCGGUAAUUUUCAAAACGGAGCUUGACACGCAGCCUGAAACCAUGUUUAAGUUAGCGAUUAUCCUAAGCAUCCUAAUUGCAGCAGCAUCAGCAGGAUACGAAGUAACCAGCCAGCAUCAGAACAUUCUUCGAUCCUACGGAAACUUAGGACAAAUCUCAACCUAUUCGAAGAGCAUCGAUACUCCUUUCUCGUCAGUCCGUAAAGCAGAUGUCCGUGUAAGCAAUCCAGGACUAACAAUUGCCACCCCCGUUGCCCAUGCUGCCUAUGCUGCUCCAAUUGCACACGCCGCGUACCCCGCUUUCGCCCCAGCUGUAGCCCAUGCACCGCUUCUACCUCAUGCACCAUUUGUAGGCCCAGUUGCAAAGGCUGUCGCUCCCGCUGGUCUCUUGGGUGUUGCCUACUCGGCUGCCCCAACUGUUGCUCAUAUGACUUAUACAAAUGGACUUGGAGUUAGCUAUGCCUGGUAAACUUAAUGGGAGGGAAUAUUCUAGUUUUUACGCGGUCAAACACUUUAAAAAGUUGUAUGUAAGUUAUUUUUAAUAAUGAAAUAAAAAAAGCAAA